AGAACGUUUAAUUUACUCUGUUUUUUCCUCUGUUUUAAUUAGUUUCUUUACUUAACUCUGUUUCCUUCUUAGACCAAGAAGAAGAGAUGGUUGCAGUCGAAAGAGUUGAAAGUUUAGCAAAGAGCGGAAUCGUAUCGAUCCCAAAAGAGUACGUUCGUCCCAAAGAAGAGCUCGAAAGCAUCAACGAUGUUUUCCUAGAAGAGAAGAGAGAAGACGGUCCUCAGGUUCCCACGAUCGAUCUACAAAACAUCGAGUCAGACGAUCCAAAGAUACGUGAGAGUUGCAUAGAGGACCUGAAAAAGGCAUCUUUGGAUUGGGGAGUUAUGCAUUUGAUCAACCAUGGCAUACCAGUUGAGCUAAUGGAGCGUGUGAAGAAAGCUGGAGAGGAGUUUUUUAGUUUGCCCGUGGAAGAGAAGGAGAAGUAUGCUAACGAUCAAGCCACAGGGAAGAUUCAAGGGUAUGGAAGUAAACUUGCUAACAACGCGUGUGGACAACUUGAGUGGGAAGAUUACUUCUUUCAUCUUGCUUAUCCUGAAGACAAGAGAGAUCUAUCUCUUUGGCCUAAGACACCAAGUGAUUACAUUGAAGCAACGAGUGAGUACGCGAAGUGUCUACGUUUGCUAGCGACAAAAGUCUUCAAGGCUCUCUCUAUCGGUCUAGGUUUAGAGCCUGACCGUCUAGAGAAAGAAGUGGGUGGUUUAGAAGAGCUUCUUCUACAAAUGAAGAUAAAUUACUACCCUAAAUGCCCUCAGCCUGAGCUAGCACUUGGCGUGGAAGCUCACACCGAUGUAAGCGCCUUAACCUUCAUUCUACACAACAUGGUUCCGGGUUUGCAGCUUUUCUACGAGGGCAAAUGGGUUAUUGCAAAAUGUGUUCCUGAUUCAAUUGUGAUGCACAUUGGAGAUACUUUGGAGAUUCUUAGUAAUGGGAAGUUUAAGAGUAUACUUCAUCGCGGGUUGGUGAAUAAGGAGAAGGUUAGGGUGUCUUGGGCUGUGUUUUGUGAACCACCAAAGGAUAAGAUUGUUCUUAAGCCGUUGCCGGAGAUGGUGAGUGCUGAGUGUCCGGCUAAGUUUCCUCCAAGGACAUUUGCUCAACAUAUUGAGCAUAAGUUGUUUGGGAAUGAACAAGAGGAAUUGGUGUCUGAGAAAAAGGAUUAAGUUUGUGUGUUUGGGAAAGGAACAAGUCUUUUAUAUGUAAAACUCUAUUUAAGAGUUUCUUUGUUUUGUGUUCGUGUCACUGUGAUAUUGUAAGAAACAAAUUAUUAUCUCCAUUUUCUAAAUUGUUUACAAUAUCUCUGAAGUAAUGAUAGAGAUUACAGAAAAAGACGAGAGAGUAACUGUUAGAUUUACGAUACCGUAAGCUCCAAUUACACGAACACACAAUUACAACUAACUGAUAAGAACAGAGAGAGGCCAGCACAUCACUAGCUCAGCUCCCAACACACCAUAAGAGAGAGACUAGCACAUCACUAGCUCACCUCUCCAAACACAAGCACAUCGCUUCACCAACAUUCACAAUAUUCCACAUUCAGCAUAAUCUCUCUCGAUACUCAUCUCUCUUAUUUAUACUCUCAGAUUGCAACUGCAGACCUUCCAAUUGCAUUA